AUGAGCUCGCCAAUAUUUCUUUCAAAUCGAGGAAAUUUAGAUUAUGUAUAUGUGGUUCAUGGGAUGGUGAUUGCAGUGCGGGGGAGUGUUAACAGUCUGCUGGAGUUGAGCGCAGGACAGAGAAUGAUGUUGGUGCAGGUAAGUGUUGCAUGUAUGAUUCUUCACAUGGUGAUACGGGUGUUUAAGAUUUAUUUAGAGGUUUUGGGAGAGAUAUGUGGGGUGGGGCUUGUGAUAGUGUGUUUGAUGGAAUGUGUCAUGGGCACAGGCCUGGACCAGAUGUUCUGGGAGUCAUUUCUGAAGCUAGAUUCGCGGCGGCGGCAGCGUGCAGUCAUGCAUAAGUUGUCUUCAGUAUCACCCAUACUAACAAGGCAAGCUGGGAGCCGAUUGCUAGCGCCUUUAUCCUUGUCGUAUAUCUUAUUAAGAAAGGGAGCUUUAGUUCUGCUAGUGGUCUGGGUACCUUCAAAGUGGACAAGGGCCUUGGUAUUCCUUUGGUCAUUUUGUCAAUUGCAGCAUCGGACGGAUCCAGAGAUAGCACUUCUUGCGACAGUAGUGAUGUCCCUCUACAGUUUUAGGACAUCUUUGGCUUGGCAUAUCAACCUUGUAAGUCAUUUAUGGGCCCUUGAACUAUGUAUCAAGAUGCUGUUGACACCAUAUCUUAACGGUAUCCCAUUUUCUAAAGAUGAACGAGACGUAUGGUUCGAAUCCAGACUUUCUAUUCUGUACGGUUUCGGUGCAAUUAUAUACAGCCUUAUCAUCAAAUAUCCGGCAUUGAGUAGUCUGAUAAUGCUUAUCGCGUAUUCUUCAGUCGCAGAGUUGAUACAUGAGGUAUCUGACCCUCUGCCAGAAAAUGUUGCGUUAGGUAGUAGGCAGCUGUUCAGGUGGGUAUCCGAGCAAGUUCUUUGGGUCCAAGAAGAGAAAACCAACCAGCGUAAGAAAAUAGAAUAG